AUGAUUUAUGUGUUCACUCUGCUGCAGAUUCUGAGAGCUUCGAAUGAACUUGAUGGAGAUUUCAAUAUGGGGUUAGUUUCUAAAAGUGAUAUAGAAGAAAUUAAGGGAAGUAUUAGUGGACUUUUAUGGAGUCAUCCAUCUACAGAGUUUGAUGAGACGAGUAUUACAUUAACAAGGCCUGGAUUUGGAGUGAUUAUAGAGGUUGAUCCAAAAGGAUGGGUUCAGGAGCUGGUGAACACCCUGGGGGAAGAGAGGGCAUUGCUAAAGACACGUGAAGAAAGCUUCCACAUGACGAUGUUCCAGGUGUGUGUUGAGUUUUUCAAGGAUGGGUAUGAUCCCAACACGCUUCCUUGGAAUAUAUUCUCUGUGUUUGAUGACUAUAUCAAGAAAAAACUGGAUAAAAUGACGUCUUCUGUAGAUGUUCCGUCGUGCUUUGAGAUUAGGAGUUGCGGGGAGGUGAUGAUACUUGGCAGGGACUAUCCAUCUCAUGUGGUUGCCAGAGUGGAGCUGAAGACGAUCAAGGAAGAGAUGGAUAAGAUCAAAGAGAAGCUGAAUGUGUUAGGAUAUGUCUGGAUUAAACACUUUGCAAAGGCUCUGGAGGAGAAGGGGUAUGGAGGAAGGAUUACAAAGGACAUGAGAGGAAUAGGAGUUGAAGGAAAAGGAUGGAAGUUUAACAUUGGAUAUACAGCAAGUAAGGACUAUAGAACUCACAUAACUCUUGGGAUACUGAGGUGUGGGGAUCCUGAGUAUGAAAAGCUGACUCUCUGGGCAAAUGGAUGUGUUGGAAGGAAGAUUAACGAUACUUUUUCCGAUGGCAUGGGAAGAGAAGAGAUAAAUGAGAAGACAGAAGAGCUCAACAAAGCGAAUGAAAAUAUUUGCAGAAAGUUAUUGGAGAAGUUUGAACUCGAAGAUCUCAGCAACUAUCCAAAGCUUGAGGAGCAGGUUAGGAAUGCUAAGGAGGGAAAGAAGUUAGAUGUGAACAGGGAAGUGAUAGAUGAGUGGAGGAGAUACUUGAUUUCUUCGAAACUUAGUGACAUCCAAGAGAAAGCUGAGAAGACGAAAGGUGAAGAAGUGAAGAUAAUUAAACUGAAGUACAGCACAAUCAACAUGAGCCGUAUUCAGAACUUUGAACCUUAUAGCAACUCUUUUAAUCCUGCAGGAGGAUCAUCUGAGUAG